AUGCCUCCGCAAACAGCGAGCGAAGACUCUGAUAUAGAGUCUGUGGCAUCCGAAGUAACUGAGAGGAGCUUCAUAGAGGAGAUCGAGAAGAUGGAGACGAUGAACUUGGAAUUAAGGCUGCCGGACAACUCCAGAGUGGUAUCAAGGGACCUUGUUGGUAGGUUCGACCCACCGAGGGAGGCUAAUUCUGAGUUGACAAUGGUCAACGUCAAAUUACAUGGAAUUGUAGUGUAUGGAGAGAGGCUCGCUGUAGAGCAUUACAUUAUAGACAACGAAGGGCAUAAUCUAGACCACGUUGAAGUAUUCGUAGACGACAGUGGGCGUACUGUAGACUAUAUAAGAUUGGUGACUCGUCUCCUACCCUACCAACACGAGGGCCUGGCCUGGAUGUGCAAUCAGGAGGAGGAGGCCGACUGUAGGGGUGGGGUCCUUGCCGAUGAGAUGGGCAUGGGGAAGACCCUGCAGAUGAUCUCCCUCAUAAUAAAACGGCGCCCACAAGUGCAGGGGCCGACCUUGGUGGUGUGCCCCCUGGCAGCUGUGGUGGUUCACGUGUACCUUGGUACGAAGAAAGCGGUGAAGGCCGAGCUGGAGCAAUACGACGUGGUCAUCACCUCGUACAACACAUUGGAGACUCAGUAUCGGUCUCUCACUGCAAUUUUCGAAAGGGUGCAGCGGAGAGCAUUGAAGGAAGGCAACGGGUUGCAUAGUGUUCAAUGGGGCCGCAUUAUUCUGGAUGAGGCCCACAGAAUAAAAGGCCGUACCAAUAGUACGGCGAAAGCGAUAUACAAUCUGCAUGCUACCUUUCGCUGGGCUGUUAGUGGAACACCAUUCCAGAAUCGUGUAGGGGACUUGUAUGCCCUGGUCAGGUUCCUAAAACUCGACCCUUUCUCGCAUUACUUCUGUUCUCAAUGCGAUUGCAAGGCUCUGAACUUUGGUCCGUUCGACGCUCGAACACGCUGUAUAAGAUGCCAUCACUCACGACGGAGUCAUUGGUCGUACUUCAGGAGGUACAUUACUAGGCCUAUCACGAUGAAAAGUGCCAGCUCUACCGAAGGUCGCCAGAGUCUCCAGUUGCUGCGUAAAAUCUUCGGGAAUAUUUUGCUGCGUCGAACUAAGGCCGAGCGUGAGCAGGAUGUCCACUUGCCCCCGCUCGUUAUGGAAACUCGCUACGUCUGGCUUGAGCCAGCGGAGCAGGCGUUCUAUGAUCGCCUUGCUCAAGAGUAUCAGGAUAAAGUGGAGCAGCUAGCUGAGGAGGGAAUGCUCGAGGCGAGAGUCUCGGAGCUACUGGUUCUUCUAAUGAGGCUCAGACAAGCUUGCAACAGUGGACUACUUAUAAAGUACAGUGAGAACAAACAGGGCCAUCGAGAGUGUGUAAGUCCGUGA